AGCCCAGUGGCCUGAGCAGACUCGGUAGUCAGCUUCCGGUCGCCAAGGCGGGGCCCAGAGCACACGCCAUGUCUUGCUUCAGCCGCUCUAAAUACAAGACUGGGGACCUUGUGUUUGCCAAGUUAAAGGGCUAUGCCCACUGGCCAGCGAGGAUCGAACAUGUCGCUGAACCCAACCGCUACCAGGUGUUCUUCUUCGGGACCCAUGAGACCGCCCUGCUGGGCCCCAAGCACCUGUUCCCUUAUGAGGAGUCCAAGGAGAGGUUCGGCAAGCCCAACAAGAGGCGCGGCUUCAGCGAGGGGCUGUGGGAGAUCGAGCACGACCCCAUGGUUGAGGCCUCCUCCUGCCUGUGCCCAGAAGAGGAGCAGCACUGCGCCGAGGAGCCCGGGCCGGCAGAGGAGCCUGAGCCAGGGCAGGAGCUGGAGCCGGAAUCCAGGCCUGAGCCGGAAUCCAGGCCUGAGCUGGAGGCAGAGCCGAGGCCUGAGACCGAGUGUGAGCAAGAGCCCGAGCCCCAGCCUGCCUAUGACCUGCUGGACGCCUUGGAGGAGCCGGGUCUUACCGAGGCUGAGCCGGGAGAUCAGCAAGCCGAGCAGGUGCAAGAGCAGCAUCCUGAAGCUGAAGCCGAAGCCGAGGCCGAAGCAGAGGCUGAGGUGGAGGAGCCGGGGAGUCUGAAGAGGAGCGCGGAGGAUGAACAGCCUCAUAGUCCUCCCAAACGGCCCAGGGAGGCGGCGCCUGGCGCGCUGGAGAUGGAGCCGGCUGGAGAGCGCGAGGCUGAGGCCUGCCCCUUCGUGGAGGAGCCUGACCAAACCCAGGAGCAGCAGCCUCCGCUGGAGGAAGAGGCCACAGAAGAGGCGGUCCAGGGCCUGAUCGUUGGAGAAAUUGAAGAACUGUAGUCACGGUGUCUGUAGAAGAGCCCUCUAUCUACCCGUUCCAGGAGCCACCUGGCUGUGGCUUGGGAAACCCACUAGGGCCCAGUCUUCACCCCAGUCCACCUCUCCUUCAUUCACUCACCUUCGACAAGCCUAAAUUCUUGGCAUGAAGGGACAGGCCAGUUGACAUCAAGUUUGUGGCUUAAGUCAUGGCCACCCUUCCCACCCUAAACUCUUAGGGACAUUCUGGACCUAGGAACCAGGAGUGAAGGGGGUGGAAGAUAAAGAGCAGGGACAACAUUCAAAGGUCUGGAAAGGCAGUCUGGAACUAUGGCGAUUCUAGUCUACUCCACACCCACACUGAGUGCCUGUCUCCUCCCGUAAUUUCUUUCACAGUUUUAUAGGUUUGAGGAAAGUGAGACAGCAGUGUCCAGUAAAGAUUUUUGUUAUCCCAUCUACUUUUUUUUUCUUAACUAAAAUAUUUGGGGCUCCCAAGUCAUAAGAUCUGAAGACUUUGCCUGCCAUUUUGGGUUAAGAGGUGAGACAUUAUCCUCUCCACAUCCCUUGGGCCACUGAGGAGACUUCUGCUGCUCCUUUGAAUCUGCCCUGGAGCCCCAAGCCUUUAGUCAUAUAUCACUUAGACGUAAGGAUACUUUAGAAACCAUCUUUAUUUUAAGAGGAAUUUUAUUACAUUUAGAACAAUCUUUGGUUGUAACUUCUAAUUUUCCUGUGGCCAGUGGCAUAUCCCUUUUUGUUUGGGGUUUGAUGACCUGCUUGUUGUUAAGGCUUUGCUUUUCUUAAGGUGCUAUUUCUAUCUGCAUGUCAGCACCUGGGCCCCUCAAUAUUGUCACCUACUGCAAAAUGUACUGAGAAGUUGAGUGUCCCUUCCCAGCCUCUUCUGUCUCUAUGUACCUUGGUACCUGUACCCUCUUGGCCCUGCUCUUUCCCCUUGGGCUCUGAUGAAAAAAAAAUUACAGCUAUAUCUUUGGAGGUUUAGAUCUGAAAACCGUAGACUAUUUCAGUUCUAGCAAAUAAAACCGUUGAUUACUU